GAGCAGAGCAAGACACACGGUAUAGUGUGGAGAAAUUUUCACUUUGCCUAAGUUUGAGCUCACUGAACUUUUGACUGACUACCGGUUACUUUAUUUUCAAGAUUCUUCAGCUUUUCUUUCGAGUGCUCGUCUCCACUUACAAGUCGCUUGAAUGUAUAACAUGAUGGAAACCGAGAUAAAAAGCCCCCUUCCGCAGUCCAACACGGGCUCGGCGGCGGGCGGCAAAAACAAUAGUGCCAACGACCAGGACCGGGUGAAGCGGCCUAUGAAUGCUUUCAUGGUGUGGUCUCGCGGUCAACGGAGGAAGAUGGCACAAGAGAAUCCUAAGAUGCACAACUCUGAGAUCAGCAAGCGUCUCGGUGCUGACUGGAAACUUUUGACUGAUGCCGAGAAGAGACCCUUCAUUGACGAGGCCAAGCGGUUACGAGCCAUGCACAUGAAGGAGCACCCGGAUUACAAAUACCGGCCCCGCAGGAAGACCAAGACCUUGAUGAAGAAGGACAAGUACUCCUUGUCUGGAGGACUCUUGGCGCCAGGUGCCAGUGCUGUCAACAACGCUGUCUCGGUGGGGCAGCGGAUGGACUACGCGCACAUGAACGGCUGGACGAACAGCGCGUACUCCCUCAUGCAGGACCAACUGGCCUACCCCCAGCACCCCAGCAUGAACAGCCCCCAGAUUCAGCAGAUGCACAGGUACGACAUGGCGGGACUUCAGUACCCGAUGAUGUCUUCGGCCCAGACCUACAUAAACGCAGCAUCUACGUACAGCAUGUCACCGGCAUACACGCAGCAAACUUCCAGUACAAUGGGUUUGGGCUCCAUGGCGUCGGUGUGCAAGACGGAACCGAGCUCUCCUCCUCCGGCCAUAACUUCUCACUCACAGCGUGCUUGUUUGGGAGACCUGAGGGAUAUGAUAAGCAUGUACUUGCCUCCCGGAGGAGACAGCGCCGACCACUCCACUCUUCAGAACAGUCGGUUACACAGCGUUCACCCGCACUAUCAAAGCGCAGGGACUGGAGUGAACGGAACACUUCCUUUAACCCACAUUUGAAAGACUCUGAAUUAAAAAACAAACAACAAAAACACUAAGAACUUCGGAUACUUGAACAUUUUGAUUUGCAAAAACAGAGAAGAGAAUCGAAGUUCCGUUUUGUAAAAAAAUAAAAUAAAAAAUAAACUAUUUUUAAUCUCAACGAGUUGACCGUUUUAAAGCAUUUUGUUGACAACAUAUCGGGGACUUCAUCUUGAGUGUUGCGUCCAACUGAAUAAAUUGUAUUGCAGAAGAGCUUUUUAUCAUAAGCUGUAUCGCAAUGAAAUUCUUUAGAAGAAUAUUGGACUUCUGACUUAUUUGCCGUCAGAGUUUGACUCUAUGAAAAAGGCACGUGGCUUCGUGAAGAGGCUGUAUUUCAAAAACAAAAAAGAAAGAACAAUUGAGUAUGUUCACUCAUAAAUGUUUACACUUAUUUUUUUUUUUUAGAAUGUCAGUUUUGUUGGCUGUGUCCAAAUCUGUGUAGUCUUUUUGUUCUUCGUAUAUGAACUAGGUUUUACUACUGAAAUGAAAGACUGUGCUGGUCGCAAGCGCAAAGUUUGUUUUAUUUAUAGUAAGUUGUUUUUUCUUUUAAAGCUUGUGAACCAUUGUACGUUCCGUUGAAAUGUUCCACUUUUGUUUUGUGAAUCUCACUUUUUGUGAUGUUAUGGCAGUAUCAGGUUAACCCAUUUUGUGGGACGGAGAGUUUUAUUUAAACUGACGUUUCUACUGAAGACCAUCCGAUUCCUAAACGAAUAAAUUUGUUUUACACAAAGUUUCCUGACUAGAUAUGAGUUAUUUUGCUAAUGACUUGUUCGAUUGUUAAAAUCAUUAUGCGUAACGAGAAAUCUGCGACAGAGGACACGUUUAAAACCAAAAUCCAAUCAUUUCAAGCAAACGGUUAAAUAAAGAAAAACGGUCACUAAGCAGAUGUUAAGAUGCGUGGAUAGUUUUCUAAACAUCCAUCUGCAAAGAUAUGUCUUUAAACAUCCAAAUGCUAUAUCAUUUAUCAUUUACAGUAGUAUAUAAAUAUAGAAAUAUAUUCUAUAAAUUAGAUUGUUGGAACAAAAACAUACCGGAUGCUUUCCAGUGCAUACCAAUCAGUGCAUGUUUAUUCCUCAACCUUGAUUAUAGCCUAUCAGCCACAAAUAUAAAACUCAGAUUCAUUUGACAAACUAUGCCAAAAUAAAAUCAUUAAUAUAAUAAAACGAAUAGCCUUUUUUUGCCUCACAUGAACCGUCAUGCCCCCAUACCCCCCCAGGAUUUUCACUUGUUGAGUCUUAGGUACAUAGUUCCUCAAAAUUACUUGAAAAUUACGGUUGCUUUUAAUGUCUUUAAUCCCUUGAAUUUGUCAUAAACAGACAGACGAUAACAGCCGAUAAAGUCUUAUAAUUAUAUACACAAUAAGAGAUUAAUUAGGGGAAUAAUACGUCAUUAAGAGAUUAUUACGUCAUUAUUUCAAGUGUCUUUUGCUUUAUGAGUUCCCAGUUGUGGACGAAUAUUGUAGGGUCAGACGGAGGUUAAAUAUUUGCCGGAUCAUAUUUAGCGAUUUGAAUCAGACACAUCUUCUGCCAUAUGCUUUUGUUGUAUUCAUCCGAGAAAAGGUGGCACAUAGAUGGCCACUGCGGACCGCCUCUUGUAAUUUAUUGUGUAACUUCCUCUACUGAGUCCUUAUAAUAGCCACUGGUAAAGUGUAUAUAUAUAUAUAUAUAUAUAUAUAUAUAUAUAUAUAUAUAUAUAUAUAUAUCCUAUUGAAAUUAAUAUAUAUUUUAAUUUCAAACUUUUACUUUUCCCGAAAAGCUACACAUUCAUAAGCGUUCAAUAAGUAGGCUGCUGAUCUGGUCUGCUGAGCGCAUAACAUUUUCGAAACUAAAUCAGCACUCUGAUUUACAAGGGUGUUUGAACACUAUAAAUAAACUUUACAGUGAACCAACAGUAAAUCUGUCACUAGCUGUAUUUAAAUAUGACUAUAUAUUUUAACCAUUUACAUUUCAGUUAAAUCCUCAGACAACAGAUGUUUAUGUCUGGAAUGCUUUAACUUUGAUUCAGGUGUCACCGCAUUCGAAAUGUUUGCAAGGUCUUCUCUCAGUGCAGUUGGCAAGAAUUGUGAUAGGUAAUGAAAAAUGGGUGAUGUCCUUGGGAAGAUGGACUUUUGUUAUCACAUAUCAGACAUAUGAAAUUAAAUUUUGCCAUGUAUGUCAUUGUAGUGCACUUGAGACAGCCUAUUGGGUAAUCAUGCUGCCUAACUAAAAUGAAUAAAAUAAAAACAAAAUAAAAUCUGUGUCAGAAGCAAUGAUGAAUAAAGAUGCAGUGGUUAAUAAAGGAAACG